UUAGUUUUUGAAAAGAAAAACAAAAGAUAGCAGAAAAACAUAAAAAAUAUCAACAAUAUAAAAAGGCAAGUGAAGGUUAUUGGCUCCAAUUGAGAUGGAGGCAAGCUUUGUGUUAAAGCAGUUGCCAAGCUGCAGCAGCUUAACUCUACCUUGUCUCUCUCGUCAACUGCUAUCCAUACCCAGCUCCCAAUCAUUCUCUUUUGCUUCUUCCUUUAAUAAAUCUCACUUGUUUUUUUCCAAUCAUCCCAAAUGCCCUUUGCCUUGUAAAUUUCAAAUUCAUCAUCAACAAUUCAUUUGGAAUAGCACCAGCAAUGGCAUCACCAAGCCAAGAACAGCAACAACUACCAAGAAAAGAAAAGCCCAUGUCAAGAAAAGCACCGGCAUGUCCAAAAACACAAAGAAAUAUACUGCUGCUAAUACUGAUGGCGGAAAGCUGGCAGUUUCUGAAGAGAGAGAAGAGAAGGUGAAAAUGAAGGUAAAUGUCAAGUCUUUGCAUCAAAAUGGAGAUCCUUUAGGGAAAAAAGAUCUGGGUAAGACUGUAGUGAAAUGGAUAAGCCAAGGAAUGAGAGCAAUGGCUGCUGAUUUUGCUUCUGCAGAGACUCAAGGAGAGUUCCUGGAGCUGAGACAGAGGAUGGAUUUAGAGGCUGGGUUGACUUUUGUUAUACAGGCUCAGCCUUAUAUUAACGCUGUUCCUAUUCCUUUGGGUUUUGAAGCUCUUUGCUUGAAGGCUUGUAUUCAUUAUCCUACGCUUUUUGAUCAUUUUCAAAGAGAGUUGCGUGAUGUCCUUCAAGAUUUACAGCGGAAAGGGUUGGUUCAAGAUUGGCAAAACACCGAAUCUUGGAAGUUGCUCAAGGAGCUUGCCAAUUCAGUUCAGCAUAGAGCAGUUGCACGGAAGGUGUCAAAACCAAAGCCUUUGCAAGGUGUUUUAGGGAUGAAUUUGGAUAAGGCUAAGGCCAUACAAAGCAGGAUUGAUGAGUUUACUAAGACAAUGUCAGAGUUGCUCCAAAUAGAGAGGGAUUCUGAAUUGGAGUUCACACAGGAGGAGUUGAAUGCUGUUCCUACACCUGAUGAAAAUUCUGAUCCAUCUAAGCCGAUUGAGUUCUUGGUUAGCCAUGGCCAGGCCCAGCAAGAGCUUUGUGACACCAUCUGCAACUUGAAUGCAGUUAGCACAUCUACAGGAUUAGGAGGAAUGCAUCUGGUAUUGUUUAGGGUGGAAGGGAAUCACCGAUUACCACCCACAAACCUUUCACCUGGCGAUAUGGUUUGCGUGAGAAUUUGUGAUAGCAGGGGUGCAGGUGCAACUUCUUGCAUGCAAGGUUUUGUCAACAACCUUGGGGAGGAUGGUUGUAGCAUCAGUGUGGCUUUAGAAUCUCGUCAUGGUGAUCCCACCUUCUCUAAGCUCUUUGGCAAGGGUGUUCGCAUUGAUCGUAUCCAUGGACUGGCUGACGCCCUCACAUAUGAGCGUAAUUGUGAGGCCCUUAUGCUGCUUCAGAAGAAUGGUCUGCAGAAGAAAAAUCCCUCAAUUGCUAUUGUGGCUACAUUGUUUGGUGACAGUGAAGAUCUUGCUUGGUUGGAGGAGAAAGAUUUGGCAGAAUGGAAUGAAGCUGAUAUGGAUGGAUGUUUUGGGAGUGAAAGAUUUGAUGAUUCACAGCGAAGAGCAAUGGCCUUAGGAUUGAACCAGAAACGGCCAUUACUAAUUAUCCAAGGGCCUCCAGGUACUGGGAAGUCAGGUUUGCUUAAGGAACUAAUAGUACGUGCUGUGCACCAAGGUGAAAGGGUGCUUGUGACAGCACCUACAAACGCAGCUGUUGACAAUAUGGUUGAAAAACUUUCAAAUAUUGGAUUAGACAUUGUGCGGGUCGGUAAUCCAGCACGUAUUUCUUCUGCUGUAGCAUCAAAGUCCUUGAGCGAAAUAGUGAAUUCUAAGCUUGCAACCUUCCGGAUGGAGUUUGAAAGGAAGAAGUCUGAUCUUAGAAAAGACCUGAGACAUUGUUUAGAAGAUGAUUCUUUAGCUGCUGGCAUCCGUCAACUUCUAAAACAGCUUGGGAAGACCAUGAAGAAGAAGGAGAAGGAGUCUGUGAAGGAGGUGCUGUCAAGUGCACAGGUAGUGCUUGCAACUAAUACUGGAGCAGCUGAUCCGCUGAUUCGAAGGCUGGAUACUUUUGAUCUGGUUGUUAUAGAUGAAGCAGGGCAGGCCAUAGAACCGUCUUGCUGGAUCCCAAUAUUGCAGGGUAAACGCUGUAUUCUUGCUGGGGACCAGUGCCAGCUUGCUCCAGUAAUUCUAUCCAGAAAAGCCCUGGAGGGAGGCCUUGGUGUAUCUCUACUGGAAAGAGCUGCAACUUUGCAUGAUGGGGUCCUUGCAAUCCAAUUAACUACACAGUAUCGUAUGAAUGAUGCAAUAGCCAGUUGGGCUUCCAAAGAGAUGUAUGGUGGAUUAUUAAAGUCCUCUUCAAAAGUUUCUUCACAUCUUCUUGUGCAUUCCCCAUUUGUUAAGCCUACGUGGAUAACUCAAUGCCCCCUGCUGCUACUGGACACAAGAAUGCCAUAUGGAAGUUUGUUCAUAGGUUGCGAAGAGCAUUUAGACCCAGCUGGCACAGGUUCCUUUUACAACGAAGGGGAAGCUGAAAUUGUUGUGCAACAUGUGAUUUCCUUAAUUUAUGCAGGUGUUAGACCAACAACUAUUGCAGUUCAAUCACCUUAUGUAGCUCAGGUACAACUCCUAAGGGACAGGCUUGAUGAACUUCCAGAGGCAGAUGGUGUCGAGGUCGCAACUAUCGAUAGCUUCCAAGGCCGUGAAGCUGAUGCAGUAAUCAUAUCAAUGGUUCGCUCAAACAAUUUAGGAGCUGUUGGAUUUCUGGGCGACAGCAGGCGAAUGAACGUCGCCAUAACAAGAGCACGAAGACAUGUAGCAGUUGUCUGUGAUAGCUCAACAAUAUGCCAUAAUACCUUCCUGGCCAGGCUGUUGCGCCACAUUCGCUAUUUUGGUAGGGUCAAGCAUGCUGAGCCUGGUAGUUUUGGAGGAUCUGGACUCGGAAUGGACCCAAUGUUGCCAUCAAUUAGUUAAGUAUAAAUCUGAUACUUAUUUUUCCCCAGCUGAAAAUCGAAUUGGGAGAACUCAACGCAAUCAGCAUCUGCUUUUGUAUCCAUUGAUGUACAGCAGGUUUUUCAUUUUUGUUGACACAGAGAAAAUGAUAGUUGUCUUGUCUUGUCUGUAGUGAUUGGUUAGAGUUGUAUAUAAAUAGCACAUACAAUUCCAUUCUUAAUUGUAUAUGAUUUGAAGUUUAUAUAAGAUACCAAUGAAAAAUUUACUGCAA